UUGCAUUCGCCCUGGGCGCCGGUUGCCUGACAACGGCGAGGCCUGGUGCCUCCGAGCGGGGGCGCCUGUUGGGUUGGAUCGGCGUUUGACACGAAGACAUUUUUUUGUGUGUGUGGUGUGUGACGGUGAAAAGAGGAGGAGGGAAUGUCCGCCUCCCGGCCGCCUGCUUGAGAGAGCCGCCUCCACUGGCGGUCGCUGUUGUGCGGGCUGCUCGGUUGCUUCAUGCUCACCGCUUCCCUGAACGCGGCUUGUUCUCCCUCUCUGAAGUGACCGAGGAGGAGGAGGAGGAGGAGGAGAAGAAAAAUCAUGGCGGUGCCGGAGUGACGCCCCGCCAGCGCGGAGCCAGGACGCGCUCACACUCGUCCCCCCCCCCCCCCCCCUUCUCCACCGCAGUUUCCUUCCUUCCUUUACAUCCCUCCGCUGCUCCCCGUUCUCCCCCGCACUCUCUCAGCCCUUCUCCCUCCAGCGGCGGCGACUUUCCUUCCUUCCUUCCAUCCAUCUAUCCAUCCCUCCCUCCCUCCCUCCCUCCCUCCCUCCCCCUCCUUCCUUCCUUCCUUCCCUCCCUCCCUCCCUCGGCUUUUUUCCUCAGCCGCCAACGUCGGAUUUAUGCUUCUCGCCUGUUCUUCGACAUGCAGCCUCCUCCGAGAAAGGUAAAAGUUACUCAAGAACUGAAAAACAUCCAUGCUGAGCAAAUGACUAAACUUCAGGCAAAGCAUCAAGGAGAAUGCGAUUUACUGGAAGAUUUGAGGACUUUCAGUCAGAAGAGAAUUGCAAUUGAGAAGGACUAUGCUCAGGCUCUGCAGAAACUGACCACCCAGUACCUCAAGAGGGAUUGGAUUGGAUUAAAGAUUGACGAAAGAAGUGAACAUAACAGGAGCAUUCUUGCAGUAUGGAAGUCCUAUCUAGAAGGAACCUUGCAUUUGGCCCAGUCUCGAAUUAUAGCAUCAGAAAACUAUAGGAAUCACAUCUUGGAACCUGCUAAAAUUGUAAAAAGUAUUAAAGAACAGCAGCUGAAAAAGUGCAUUGAUCAACUGACAAAAAUUCAGGCUGAAUUCCAGGAGACUGUGAAGGACCUGGCGAAGUCUAAAAAGAAGUAUUUUGAGUUGGAACAGAUGGCUCACGCAGCGCGAGAGAAAGCAGAUUUAGAGGCCAAGUCCAAGCUUAGUCUAUUUCAGUCAAGAAUAAGUUUACAGAAAGCAAGCGUGAAGUUGAAAGCACGACGCAGUGAAUGCAACAUAAAAGCUAACCAUGCUCGAAAUGACUACCUUCUUACACUGGCAGCUGCAAAUGCACAUCAAGAUCGCUAUUAUCAAAUAGAUCUGGUAAACAUGAUGACGGCUCUGGAUGGGAAUUUCUAUGACCAUCUUAAAGAAUACCUGAUGGUAUUUAACAGAACAGAACUCGAGGCCUGUCAAUCUGUACAGAACGCAUUCCAGUUAUUAGUAGAAGCUUCAAGUAAGGGGUUACAAGAUUACAAUCUGCAGCUUUUUCUGCAAGAAAACCCAGUCUUCCAGAAGCCACAGUCAUUCCAGUUCCAGCCUAGUGAUAAUGAUACGAGUUUUAACACCGUGCAGCUUGUGGAUAUUGACCUCUCACCCAUCAGCACUUUGAGAAUGACUUUAACAGAGAGUCGGCAGUUGGAGAAUGAAUCUGGAACCACUGAGGAGCACAGCCUGAACAAGGAGGCUCGUAAAUGGGCAACACGUGUUGCACGGGAACAUAAAACAAUAAUCCAUGGUCAGAGGACUCUGGAAGAUCUAAAAGCUCAAGGAACUGUGGUCUCGGAACAAGGACGAAUGGAAUUAGAACAAAAAGUAGAAGAGGCUAGAGAAACGAUACGGAAGGCUGAGACAGUUAAACUAAAGGCAGAAGCACGACUGGAGUUAUUGAGACAGAUUGGGGUUGCUGUGGACACGUGGUUGAAAAGUGCCAUGAAUCAAGUAAUGGAGGAAUUAGAAAAUGAACGUUGGGCAAGCCUCCCUGCACUCCCCAACAGUGAUACUGUGCAUUUGGGAAGCCUGGAUCUUGAAAAGGAUGACGGUGAGGAACUCGAGGACAAUAUGGAUGUAUUUGAUGACAGCAGUUCAAGUCCAUCUGGCACGUUGAGAAUGUAUCCUCUCACUUGCACAGUGCUCUAUUCAUACAAGGCUAACCAGCCGGAUGAGCUCACCAUUGAAGAACAUGAACUCUUGGAAGUAAUUGAAGAUGGAGACAUGGAAGACUGGGUGAAGGCAAGGAAUAAAGCAGCACAAGUAGGAUACGUACCAGAGAAGUACCUACGGUUUCCGACCUCCAAUAGUUUAAUCGGUAUGCUCCAAACUCUGGGUUCCUUGGAUGCACGAUCUCAUUCUUCCAGCAACUCUACAGAGCCUGAGCUGGUUACUGGCGGCAUUAAUGGAGAUUCCAGUGUUUGUUUUGUAAAGGCACUUUACGAUUAUGAGGGGCAGACAGCAGAUGAACUUUCAUUUCCUGAGGGAGCUAUCAUUAGGAUUCUAAACAAAGAAAAUCAAGAGGAUGAUGGCUUCUGGGAAGGUGAACUUAAUGGCCGUGUUGGUGUCUUUCCUUCCGUCUUGGUAGAAGAACUGGCAGGAUCUGAGAAUGGUGACUCUCAAUGGAUUGGAGAUGCACAGGUAUCACCAUCCUCGAGACCACAGCCCAGUCUUUCAUUACCGUUGUAUGAUCAGCCGCCUUCCAGUCCUUUCAGCAGCCCGGACAAGGCAGGGUCACAGUUCUUCCCCCAAUCACCAUCAGUAACAGAUCAUGAAAACCUAACCUCAGAAGCGUCCACUAAUCCACAGCAACAGAGAAGCGCACCAGAAACUUCAGUUGGAAAAAUACGACCGGUACGGGCUGCUCCACCUCCGCCUACUCAGCACCAUCGUCGAAAAACAGAAAAGACAGAGGAAGUGGAAAUAACUCUAGUGUAACCAAUAGAUGACUUGUGUGUUCAAAUUUGGGACUGAAUUAUUCAGAAUAUUUUGGUUUCAGAUUCCUUGCGUUCUCUGCCGUACUUGUACAAUGACAUUCGAGGAGCAGCAGAAGGCAGAUUCUAAAAGGAAUUUAUGAAGUGUGGAUCAUGAGGAAAGUCAAUGUUAAUUCUUUAAUUUACAAAUAUCUUGUGCCUUUAUAGCCACUGCUUUGUUUAUUUGUUUAAAUUGGGCCAUGAAUAUUUUUUGUCCUUUUUUCUUCUAGUAGAGUAAAAGGAAUACUGGUUGGCCAAUCUAACUUUCAAUGGCCACAGCCUUGUUUUGGUCCACUAUUUAAAAGAUAUAAAGCACACUGCUUCAUCUGUUCCCAGUGCAGCAGAGUCUGGUACUUCUGUAAUUAUAUGCCUUUGGUGCUGUGCAGGGCACAGUUUUGUAUCAGAAAGGUGUGUUUUUCUGGUACUGUUAAAGUGCAAGGCUGUUGCUUUCUUUACCAUGGCCAGAUAUAGGAAUGGUUAUACUAUCAGUUGAUUGCUUAUCAUUAUUUUCAGAUUGAAAGAUGGAGAUGGAAGUGAUUUUUUUUUAAAAGGCACAGGAAAUGUUCAUAUCAUUUAUUGUGUACAUUCAUUAACACAUUGAUGUAGCCACAAAGAUCUAUUUGUAAAACAUAUCUCCCUUUAGUAUUAAUCCAGUCUGUAUACAUGUAUUCAGCUGUAAUGUGCAGUAGCAUGAUUGGACUAGAAUUGAGAGAAUAGGCUUGAGCAAGGACUGAUGUUCUUUUAAGAGGGGCUGGUUCCUCUCAGUAGUUCUAGUGCAAAGAAAGAUAAUCAGACAAAUAAGGGAAUAAAUACAAAGAAAUGCCUCUAUGUUAACUCGAGUCUUAGUUUUCCAUAAUUGUUUAUGACUAAUAUUUAUGCCACAAUUCUAGUCAAGAAAGAAAAUACAUUAUGGACAUGUUAAAAUAGGAUUCUUUAUAAAUAUGUUGCCAGUGAAGCUGAAUCUGAAUACCCUUCCAGUAGAAAAAAUUGUUUUCUGGAGAUUACAGUUUCUUUCCUCUUAGGUUUUUUAAAAAAAAGCUUUUUCAAAUCAUUAUCUUUUAAAGUACACAUUGCAUAAAUCAUGAUGUGCUUGUUACAUUUGCAUUCAAAAAAAUUGACAUUGUACUCCCCAAAAUACUUACUUCCAGUAUCAGAUUGGAAGGGAGGCAUUAUUUCUGUGUUAUCCAGCUGCUUUAUUGCAAUUAAGGGUUGAACUUGGUUGCUGUAUUCAUUAAAUAUAUAGAUUUUAAAUUGUUGCAUUUUAAUGAGGUUGGCAGGUUUGAAGUUUUAUCAGUAAGAACAUGGGAAGCAUUAUCUCCGCUGUUAAAGUGAUAAAGUCUAUUUAAAUUGCCUUUUGUCAGAGCAUUCAGGUUUCUGAAUUAUGUACACACUGCUAUUAUUCCACACCCAGGGCUUUCAGAUUACUGUAUUGAAUGUACUAAAAGCUAGAAAACUGGAAAAACGGACUGGAAGUUAAGGGUAACAUUUUAUUUGCUGCCUACUUGAAACAUUCAACAAAUGACUACCAAAUGUUUUCACAAAGGUUGCUAAUUUUUAAUGAUGGCAGAGAUGUAGUUCAAAAAUUAGUUUUUUGGAGGGUAGAUUCUUGGAUGAUCUAGUUUAUUAGACUAAAGUUUUCAAAUCUGAUGGCUGCCAAUUGUUCAAAUUCUCUUUUUGUCUUACCCCACUCAUAGAGUGCAAUGUGCUCAUGUCAAUCUUGUAUACCAACAUUGCUGGAGGAGAAACUGAGAUUAGCAAUUGUGUUUUUGAAUUUAGUUGCACUAUUUGGUUAUAGUACCUCACAGUAAGAAGUUUUUAACCACUCAUUUCCAAUGGAAAUUACAUUUAUGUCCUUAAUCUUUACAUGGCUGACUUGCAACAAAAGUAAAACUGUAAAGUUCAAAUGCUACAAUUCUAAUUAGCAUUAUUUUAAACUUCCCAUAGUAAACAUCUAAAGGAAUUUCAUUUAUGGUCCAUCAGAAGUCGCUAUGCAGAUACCAGUCUUUUCAAACUUAGUAGCUCCAUUAUUUCUCCUUAUUCAAGUUGUGUUGGUCAACAAGAUUCAAAUGUGUUUGCUUUGUUUUAACCAAUAAAUGUACUUGGCAAUCUUUGUUACUGCAUAAUCUCCUAGAUUGAAAUUAGCUGCUAGUUCCUCUUGUGUUUCUUUUUUCAUUUGGAUUAAUUUCUAUGGGACAUGUAUAUAUCAGGGUAAGGAUUCAGUGAAAUAUCAUAAAUGCAAUCGACCAUAUCUCUGUAUCAUGUCUUGCUUAGUUAUCAUUGGCAAGACAUCAUCAGAAAACUGUAAUUUAUGGAACAGGCUUAAUUGCUAGCAGAGUUUAAAUUUGUUCUGUCCCCACAUCUCUUGCAUUUCUCCUUCAAUGCCAAACAAAUCCAUAUUGCACCAGGCCCCUGCUGAUAAGUUCACCGUUGAUUUGGGUGGUUGUGAGAAGAUGGAGAGUGGAAUUGGCAAGUUUCCAGCUACUUGUGUAAAGUAUGGUGAUGGCCCUGGAAAAGUCCGUGAUUAAUGGCUUUUCCCUUUCCAGCUCAAAGGUAAUGCCAAACCAGUUAAAAUAAGAAAUUUCAGAAAGACAGGUGCAAGUUGCCAUGUAAUACAUUUGAACCCUAAUAAUUCGCACAAGUUGGUUGCGAAUUAAGAUUAGAUCAGAAUGUGUGCUGGAAAAUGGUAAGUGAAGCUAAUAUUUAUCUGAUAUGUUAGUAUCUCUGAAUGAUUGACGUGACUAAUUGAGGCAAUAAAACUUUGAACAUUGAUUUUGUAUACAUCAAUUUGAUCACUGAAAAUUAAUUUGUGAAUGCAAACAAAAACACAGUUGUGCAACUUUAAAACAGCUCUCAAUCUGGAAAAUCUAUCUGCUUAUCUAACCAGUUUAGAUUUCAUCUGAGCUGACAUUCACAUCCACCAAUACUACUGUCUACUGCAUCUUGUUAGUAACUAACAAAGCCAUUAGGUGUCAACCAGGUGAAACGAGUGCUUUUGUGUGAUACUGACAUGGAUGUACAUCUCCUGUUAGCCAAGAAACACAAAGCAUUGAUGGAAACUUGCAGAGAGAUUCUGAUCUCUGUUUAAUUUGCCUUAUCAGAAGAUUUUUUGAAAAGAAUAUCUGUGCUAAAAGUACUGCAAAACAUUUAGUGAUUUUUUUCCCCUUGUUUGUAGCUUUAAAGCACCAUAUUUCAAAGAAUAUUUAAAACUACAAAUGGAUAAUGCAUGCUUUUAUGACCAUUUCAUUAAACAGUGAGUUUGAGGGGGAAAGUGAUGCCGUUUUGUUUUUAUUAGCUAAAUUGUCCAACUGAUCUAUGUUCCUCUAUUUGACCCUUCUUUGGUCUUUGACAAAAUAUAAUCUGGGUUACUUUGAGACUGCUGUCAAACAAUUCCUUAAAAAAAUAAAUAUACAAUAGUUUCAAAAUAAAAUAGCACCUUAAAGACAUUCCUCUGACUUUUCAAUCUAAUUAGUAUAGAUUGAGUGAAAUAAUAACAUGUCACUGAUGAAAUAAUGGUUAUUGUUACUAAUCAUACACAUUUUUAACUCUGUAAAACAUACAUUGAAGAGCGAAUUUUGGAGGGACCACACAAAAACUCCCUAAUUGCCAUUUAAAGAUGCCGUAUCCAUGAAGGCUUUAUCUGCCUGUGUAUCACCAACUUGGCUUGAAGUUUAGAUUAAAUCUAGAAAGGUACAUUUGACUUAUUUGAAGUUUCUCAAGCCGUGCUGAUGGCCCUUCAGCAUUAUUUUGCUGUUGUUUUGUAGUUCCAGAAUACACAGGACAUGCAUUUUCCAGCCAGCAACUGAUCCUGACAUCUCAGUAAUGUAGUGGUGAAACCACUUGUUACAUACAACUUGACCAAUAAAUUCAAAUCCUGGUGAAGACCUACACUUGAGCUUAUUUGGUAAUAUAUAAUGUUUGAGUUUCAUCACCAGGCCUUGAAUAAACAUGACAAUUUUAAUGGCAUUUACAAGAAGAAAGCACAAAAUUGUUGAAAUGGUAAAGGAAUAUAACCAGAAUGUAACUAAAAUAAACAAUAUAAAAUUUUCUGAAACCUGCACUUAGAUAUUGUUAGCACCCUACUUUAAAUUCUUUUGUUGACGUAUUCUGCAGUUAUUUUUUACUUUUAUGUUUACAGACCAUAUUUUUAUAACCUGACUAUUGCUGAUGCCAAUUCAUCCAUACUUCAUUAUUUUCCCCAUAUUUCAUUUGCCUAUUGAUUAUUUGCCAGUUUGCCCAUAUUUUAUUUUUCUCUCAAGUAUUAUUUUAAAAUUGCAUAUUUGCUCUAAAUUAAGAAGUGCUAAGAAUUUUCAAACUAUAUGUUCCUUUUAGUUGUCUAUACAUGGGCCGACUAUCCACAUUAUACAUUGUAUAGUGUCAGUACUUCAAGCAGAGAAAGCAGAUGUGCAAUGUUUCCUGCAGUGUAUUGGCUGUUAAAACUUGUAUUUAUUAUGUACAAAU